AUGGGCCGUUCGAAUUGCGGGCUAAGGAGCAAUACCAAGCCAGUUUGCCUUGCUUCUGUAGAGGUUCUAAAUUCCCUUAUUCUUAAGGUAUUUUUACUUUUGGAUAUUGUAUCCUUUGCUCGUUCUCUUUUAAAAGACAAUUUAGUCGCUUUCAGCUGGCUGUUGGAUUCAGGUGAUGUUUCGGACAAGGCUUUUAAAGAGACGUACCUGUUUCUCGAGAAAAGGGCGAUGAAGCUUUCGAAGGAUUAUGAGCUGCUGCGCGUCGAGAAGGAAAAGCUGCUCAGAGAAAGGGAGACUUUGUGCGGCAAACUGAAUCAUGUUGAGGAGCAGAAUCGAAAGUUAGGCGAAGAGGCCCAGCGCCUCCAGCGACAACUUGAGGUCAUUCGCGAAGUCCUUCGUGACAAUGACAUUGAUAAAGCUAAAGAGCGUCUUGCUCAGCUGGGAGACAGUGGUUGGGCUGGCCCACCACCACCACGUAGAGGUGUAAGUGGUCGCGCUGAUCAUUCCGCCGGUUCUUUGCUUGAAUCUGAAAAUACAUCGUCUGGUGAUUCUGAGGCUGAACUGGUUGGUCGCAAAAAGUCUCACUCUGUGGGAGGUAUUCCUCGUCCCUCGGCGCGACUUAGCACUGGGAAAACCUCGAAAACGCCCCUUGAUGACCAUUCCCCUUUCCCUGUGGCGGAAUCUUUGAUUCCUCGUAAGCGCGCUUCAUCUGGCUCUGCUGACAGUUACCACGACAUUGCAUUCAAAAGGCUUGCUUUUGAUGGAGCAAAGCUUGACUUGCAUAAUGUAAUGGGAAGUAUUGAUGGUGCUCAUGAUGCAAAUGUUUCUACUGCCCAAUUAGACGUUAACGGUUUCAGAACGCCUCUUCGGCCGGCGGCGCGGAGUAAUCGGCUGACUCGUCUGCAUCAAUUUGUGUCUAUCUCGUCAUUACGCCUCCAAAUGUGCGGUUGCUGCGGUAAACGGUUUGCUUUAGGCAAACCUGCUCUUCGUUGCAAGAUUUGCAGGCUUGUCGUCCACGAAAAUUGUCGGAAUCGGCUAAAGCAGCGCUGUGUGCCUCCGACGGAUCUUUCUCCAUCUCCUGACCGCGUGCUUCGAUCUGCGAUCACUCCGCUAUCUACGCCGCUUUCGCGACGCCGUCCCAACGUAUCUACUAUCCGCGCAUCACCAGUUAUUGCGACACCCUCCUCAAGCAAGCGGGGGGUUUUUUUAUGGCACUCCAUCUCUCUUGCUUCCCUCUGCCCUCCUAAUGAAUUUCCUCGAAUUCCUGCUCCUGUCAUUCACUGUGUCAACGAGGUAGCUGCCAGAGGUCUUCUUCAAGUUGGCAUCUAUCGUAUCCCUGGCGCUGAGAAGAAGGUUUUUGAAUUGUUGGACAAGUUUAUGCAUUGUCGGACAACCCCUAGUCUAGCACUAGUGGAAGACAUCAACAUUGUGUGUUCUUGUCUAAAAGCCUUCCUCCGUCUUCUCAACGAGCCAUUGGUCACGUUUGCCCUCCGUCCGGAGUUUCUUGAAGCUGCAGAUUUGACUAUUCGCGAUCCUGAGGGCGCCAAACAUCGGGUAGCCACUUUAAUGGACAAAUUACCCGUUGCUAAUCGUGACACGUUGGCUUUUAUCAUUCUCCAUCUUAAGGCCGUGUCGAGGUCAUCGGCGUGUCGGAUGGGCGAGACCAAUUUGGCCAAAGUUUUUGGUUACACUCUAGUCGGUCACUCAUGCCUUGAGCCAUCCCUUACACAGGCUGCUAAUGAGGUGAACGGGCAGCAAUCAGUAAGUCUUUUCUGCAUGGGCUAA